AUGAUUUGCUUGAUUGAAGUGCUACAGUUUCUGCCUGCUAUCACCGCCUCUCUAGAUGGGUUUCUCGUUAUUUCGUACACCUACGUUGCCUAUGUCGCCUUCGCAAACCGUGACAUCUUUCACCCUUUUUUCAGUAUACUACUCUCUCUACUGAUCCUUAGCUACGCCGUAAGUGAUGUGUUUGAACUUGCAUGCUGCAUAACCUCCAUCGUAUGGCCGCAAUUUGCAGAACUGCACGAUACUCUUUAUGAAAUUUGUGAAUUUGUGUACUUCUAUGCAUCACCAUGUGUCGUUUGCCUUCUUUUGGAACGCGGUAUUGCGUCAACGCGACCGAGAGAGUACGAAAAAGCUCGUCCUUGGAAGAUGUUCUGGUAUACUCAGCCCUUUUGCCUAAUCAUCGCUGGUGCUAUCCUAUACGCCGCAAGGUGGACUGUGUCGAUGACAGAUGACGUGCAAAAAGCUAUGCUUUUCAUUAUACAAGUGGUUAUCAUCAUAUUGCUAUUAUCAUUGCUGACGUAUAACAAGCAGCGUACUAAGCAUUCAGUUGGAAUGGGCACCAAUUUGGGCACAAGGUAUCAACUCUCAGAGAACAUCCGAGCCUUGAGAGUAUUGUUGCCUGUAGUAAUUUGCGAUUUGUGCGUAAAUUUUGCGGAUAUUGCCAGUGAAAUUCUGUUCGAAUCAACGACAAAAAAUGAUAUAAUGGGAUGUUCCAAUAGAUAUGCUGUUAUUUUCUUCAUAAUCUUCAAAUCGAUCAGUUUCUUGUUCCAAAUUAUGAUCACAUUCGCUGUAAUGCUUUAUCAUCCCUCUUUCAAAAAGGCGAGGGAUAUUUUACAUGAUUUGUUGUGUCAAACUUUUUGUACGGGGGAACGAAAAGGGCUCAUCAUCAGAAACGUGCUCGGUAUGAAGAUAAACGAAAAACCAACUGGUGAAAACUAUUUUACCGGAUUACGGCAAUUAUGGCAAUGAACUUGCCACUGAAUUCUAACAGAAUUAUCUCAAGGGAAAACGACACAAGUGGAAUUCGCAGG